UUCUCUCUACAACUGAAGUUAACUCGGACGAGUUAAGGUAAAAACACCGAGUCACAGCCGAUCCAGUAGAAGGAAGCGACUAAGAAAAUGGGAGCUUGCGGUUCACGUGAAGCUGGGAGGAUGGAUACGGCGAAGCUGAUCUUACCGGACGGGACUUUGCAGGAAUUCUCGUCGCCGGUGAAGGUGUGGCAGAUCCUGCAGAAGAAUCCGACGUGCUUUGUCUGCAACUCCGACGAGAUGGACUUCGACGACGCCGUUUCGGCUGUCAACGGCAGCGAGGAUCUCCGGCCUGGCCAGCUGUAUUUCGUUCUACCGCUGACGUGGCUCAACCAUCCUCUCCGGGCGAAGGAAAUGGCGGCCUUGGCCGUCAAAGCAAGCCUUGCGUUGACGAAAAGCGGCGGCGCGUGGGAUGAGCAUUGGACCUGCGGCGAAGAUAACUCUUACUCCGGCAGAGAAUCUCACCGGAAAUUAUCCGGGGGGGAGACUAAGGGCCGUAGAGCGAGACGCAACAGCAACACCGUCGGCGGAGGUUGCGGGAAAGGGAAGAGGAGGUUCGCGGCGGAGUUGAGCACCAUAGCAGAGUAGGGGCAGUUAUGUAAUUUUUGGGGUUUGAAAACUGUUCAACGUGUAAAUUGUUGUUAGAGAGAGUUUGACUUUUUUUCUAAAAAAAAAAAUCCCGAUCCGAGUAGAUUUGUACAAGUCGGCAAAAUCUGCGCUUUUAGAUCACGGAGAUGAAUAUGAUGGGCACUUUUGAGUUCA